AAUUCUCCAGCCAAACAUUCCAUAAGAUAAGUUCCCUUAUGUGACUGAACUUAUACCAGACAUUUUCAGCUUUUCUUCACUUAGUUCCUGUAAUGGCGCACCAUGGUCUCUUUGUCAUUGCAGCUUCUCUUCUCUGCGUUAUAGUUGCAGCUAAUGGAUUUGAGGGAUACUUUUCAUCAUCUUCAAUGGAAGGUCUGACAAUUGAAGCACAGGCCUUGUAUACUGACACCACCAUGGACUUAUUUGCAAUGCAAAGGCUGCUCCAGGAUAAUAACGGUCAUGUAAGUUACGAUACUCUUCGUAGUGAUUUCGCGCCCUGUAUGAAAGGACAGCCCUACAUGAGCAACUGCCAGAAUAAUCCAACCAUAGUAAACCCUUACAAAAUGGAUUGUACCCAAUAUAAUCGUUGUAAACGGUAUACCCAAUAGCAGGAGAGGCUCCUCAUAUGUUCCGAGUACUUGUAAAAUGUGAGUGCCCAAUAUGUAGUCAAAUGGGUUCCAGUUGAUCUUCUCUCUUCAUGUAUUUGAAUUGAGUUGUUAAUUAGCAAGUAUUUCAAUAUGUAGUCAAAUGGGUUUCUGUUA